CCAAAAAAGGAUCCCGCACAGUUCAAAAUGACGGUGACAGAGAAGCAGAAAAGAAGUAUCCGCACUUUUGUGUGUGAGCAGCUCCGUGCAGAGACAGAUUUAAGCACACUGACCUUAGGGAUUCUGAAGAAGCGAUACCUGGCGCACACGAGAUGUGACUCGUUAACGUCAGACGCCAAAUCGUUCAUGAAGCAGGUGGUCAGAGAGGAGCUGGUGAAAAUGCAGGACGAUAAUGAAAAAGAGUUGGAGACCGGGAAGCAGCAAAAGAAGCGGAAAAGAGAAAAGGAGAGCGAUGAGGAGAUGAACGGAACAAAAGAUGAAGCUGAGUCCAGGUCGAAGAAAUCCCGUAGUCGGUUCAGCUCGUCAGCAGUGAUGACAGAGUCAGAUGAUAAAGAGAACCUCAAAGCUGAAAGUGAAGAGGAAGAACGUGCUGAAUCUGGUUCUGAGGAUGAGGAGCAAGAGGUGAAGAAACCAGAAGGAAAGACAAACGGAAAGAGCGAACCUCCGAUGGGCAGUGAAGCGUCUUCAGAUGAGGAGGUGAACGAGUCGGGAACAAAAGAACAGGAGAGCGAGGACGCUGACAGUCCAGACGAAACAGACAAAAAGAAACCAAACGCUGCGAAGAACGAUGAGACGGCGGGGGAUAAAAGUCGAGAGGAGAGUGAUGAAGAGGAGGAAUCCGGCGCAGACGGCGAGUCAGGGAAGAACGCCACGGCCGACUCGAACGACUCCUCUGCUGACGGCGAGAAAGGAGAAACUGCAGUGGAAAAAAAGAUGAAGAUUCAUCAUCAUCGCCCUCUUCUGACGAGGAAGAGGAGGGUGCAGGAGACAAUGAAAAACGAGAAAGAAGAAAAAACCUCGGUGGAAAAAGAAGAUAAAGACUCGGGUUCAUCAUCGGCCUCUUCUGACGAGGAAGAGGAGGCUGCGGGAGACAGUAAGGAAAAUAAAAAGAAGAAUGUCAAAAAGAAGAGCGCCAAUGUGAACGGCGAGGAAGAGGAGGGUGCAGUAGAUGAUAAUGAAAAUAAAAAGAAGAAUGUCAAAAAAAAGGAGCGUGCCACUCAUCAGAGGGAUGAUGACAAAGCGCUUUCCAGGCUCAAGCGCUACAUCACUCUGUGUGGAGUUCACCGGAAUUACAAGAAGCUCCUCGGCGGCUGCAGCUCUGCUAGCACACGGAAGGCCGCUCUCAAGAAGGAGCUGGAAGAGCUCGGAGUCCACGGUACGCCGUCCAUUAAGAAAUGCAAAAAAGCUCGGAUGAAGAGAGAGCAAGCGCAGGAGCUGGCUGAGCUCGACACCAGCAACAUCAUCACCACAAACGGCCGACCCACGCGCAGAGCAGCUUUAGCGUGGCAGAAACAGCGCAGCCCUCCUUCAACUGUUCACGUGCGCUCUCUGAACUCGGGCUCUGACAGCGAGCAGGAAAACGGCGUCCUCAGAGGGGGCAGACGAGCGACGGACUGGGACAACCUGAAGGGGAUCAUCAGUGACGAUGGAGACAGCUGCUAACAGCUUCUCCUGCAGGCGCCCCGAUGUUCUCUGGAUGUUUACAUGUUGCUCUGAUACCCAAGGUGCUGACACUAUGAAUGUUUCUAAAAGCUGUCGAUGCAAUAAAUGUGUCUUUCUCCCUCUCUCUCAUUUUAAAAGUCAAAUGUCAGGGGAAGGUGAUAAAUUAUUAUUUUUUUUACAUCUAUGUUCUAUAUCUAAUAAAAGUAUUAAUUGAACAAAUUUAUAAAAUCU